AUGUCUACACAAGCUUUGUGCUUUUUCAAAAAGCAGACAUGGCAAUGUGAAGUAUUAUAUUAUACUUGUGUUGAGGAAAUCUGUGAUGGAAAAGUGGAGUUUGAUGGCUCAGAGCUCACUUUGUUAAACAUGGGUUCCUACAUUGUUUCUUAUGAGGUCUUGAGGGAUUUCAUGUUUCAUUUUCUUAAGGGGAGGUGCACUCUAUUUACAUACUACAGUGUCUGGCAAGAGAUCAUGGCUGAUGCAGAUGUAUUGGACUUCAGGAGGUUGCUAUCAUACCACCACUGGUGUUUUGCUUGGUACAGUUUCCUGGACCUUCUUGACAUAAACUAUGAAGAAGGUUUUUGUUGUGCCAUCUGUGGCAAAGAUAACAGUCUGGACACUGUCAUUUGUGAUGCUACAGCACUAUCUUUCAGACAAGAGCUUUCUACUUCACUGAAGUCUAGUUAUUCAUCACUGAGUCCAUCCACUGAACCACGAGAAACAGGAAGAUAA